AUGACGACGCUGGAAAAGAUCGGGAUCCAGGGGAUACGGAGCUACGGGGACGAGGAGGCGCAGGAGUUGGAGUUCGCAUCGCCCAUCACGGUGAUCUAUGGAAACAACGGGAGCGGCAAGUCGACAAUCAUCGAAUGUCUGAAGAUGAGUUGCACGGGGGACUUCCCCCCCAAUGCAGAUAAGGGAAAGUCAUUCAUACACGACCCAUUAAUAUCAAACAAAAUGAACAGCAGAGGAAAAAUAAAUCUGCUCCUAAAAAAUUAUAACAACAAAAGGAUUGGCAUCUCCAGAUCGUUCAGUCUAUUUUAUUGUAAGGACAAAAAUAAAAAAAUAAAACAAACCUUUAGAGCACUGGACAACAACAUAAUCAUAAAAAAAGGAGAGGGGCAAGAGGAUGUAAUAAUUACCAACAAAUGUCUAGACAUAAAUGAGCAUAUUCCCAAAUUAAUGGGGGUAUCAAAGGCCCUGCUGGAAAAUGUGAUUUUAUGCCACCAUGAGGAGAGUCUUUGGCCAUUUAGCGAAUCAGUAAAAAUAAAAAAAAAAUUCGAUGAACUUUUUGGAGAUGACCAUUUCUCAAAAAUCCUGGACGAAUUCACAAAAUGUAGAAAAACGAUGAAUGACGUUCUGAAAACGAAGGAAUAUGAGUUGGCAACUUUGAAAGAGCGCUAUGAGAAAAAGAAAAGCAUCGCUUUGGACAUCCAAAGGAACGAACAAGAAAUAGAAGAGUGUCAAACGAUUAUACAAUUGGACAAGGAAGAAAUAGAAGAGAGUUUUCUCAUUUUAAAUAAUUUAGAAAAAAAAAAAUCCUUGUUAAGAAAACUAACUUCCAGCAUUGAUAUGUAUUUUGCUAUCCAAGGGAAAUUUCUAGACGAUCUGCAAAAUUAUAAAUCUGUCGAGGAGAUAUAUGAGGAGGAUGCCUCCGAGUUAGAACACUUUGCUGAACUCUUUCAGAAAGACUUGGCCAAGUGUAACUCCCUAAUUGAACAAGUUAGUAAUGAGUUGGCCCUUCUGGAGAAGCAGACCUCUUUGCCUAUUCAUUCGUGUGACGAAGCGGAUGUAAAGCAGAGGGAUGAAAUCUGCUCCAAUUUAUUUCAUUUGGAGAAACGACGGGGGGAAGCGCACACUUUGAGCAAAGCCAUUUUAGAUUUGGAUCAUGCGUCCACCGGGAGUGGGAUGAAGAGGAGAAAUGCACGGAAGAACCUCUCUGAGGAGCACACCAGAGUGGGUUGCUUUAUCAAGGCGAACGAGCCAAUUUUGGGUGGUUUACUGGUUCAGUGGAGGGCCCUCUUUGGGGGAAAUGGCCCCAAAUGGGUGUUCCGCCGGGGGAGGGCGUCCACCAAUGUUGAGCAUAGCGAUGAUGGGCGUAGCGACGGUGAGAGCAUCCCUGGUGGGGACCAUACCAAUGAAACAAUCACCAGAGGAUGUAUCCCCUGCGUGAAACAAAUGCGCAAGAGACGCAAGGAAACCCUGGCCCUGCUCAGAGUCCAGGUGCAGAAACACGCCCGGGAGCGACUCCAUAUAAAGAGGAAAAAAGGAAUCCUCACUGAAAAAGCAAAAAGGUGGAAAAGGAAGGUAUCAAGGAUGGACAGAAGAAUUGCCACCAUGGAAAUGCACAAGGAUUAUUUGGCCACUUUCAAAGCGAGGGACGAGACGUACAAACAAAUUUGCAACCAUUUGCACAAAAUGAACCAGCUGGGAUGCGUCUACGACAGCAUUUGCUUGAGUGAGGCGAACUGCGCGAACACGACCAGUGAUAUGGAUGAUGACCUUGAGGGGAAGAAAAGACAGCUUAGGCAAAUAGAAAAAUUCAAGAAACAACUGGAACAGGUGCUGCUCCUUGGGAAACACUAUGAGAAAACCUUUCAAUAUUUUUUGUGCCUCCGGAGGGUGCGUCGCAAGGUGACAUCCUUCAUCGAUGAGCGGCGAGCCUUUCUUUGCGAACUGGGCAAACUACCCAAGGUAUGGCGCUCUAUAGGGAAGCCUAUCGGAGACUGGGCGGAAAAAGCGGAUUUGACAGAGGGAGUAGAAUACGGGCAGGAAUGCUCUACGGGGGAAGAGGAGGAAAAAGAAGAAGUUGAGGGGCAAGCCGAGCGGGGGGUCCAGGAAGAAAAGGAAAAAAUGGAAGACCCGAAUGAAGAGGAGCACGGGGGAGAAGGUAACCCCUCCAGCGCGCCACACGCAACACCGGAAGGAACAAAUAACUUGACCGAAAUAGCGAAAGUGGAAAGUUGCACCCCGUUAGAGAGUCCCUCCGGAGCGGAUUCGAGUAAAUAUCCCAACAGGGAGGAGUCCGCCCAUGGAGAUAUUUUCACUGGAGGAAUUUGCAAUAAAAGGAACAAACGGACAAAGGAUCCUGGCGAAGAGACCCAUAAUCGACUGAAACGGAAAAAGUUAUUCAAGAUGGAACGUCCCCCUGGACAAAGCUACCUGAACAAAUUAAACGAUGUGAUCAGCCAGUAUAUAAAUAAGUACGACAAUAAAAUGAAAGAGGUGGAAAAAGAAGCCUCCAAAUUGAAGGAAACGUUGUUACUGACUAGUGGAGCAUUACGGAAUGUGAGCGAGCGGGUAGGACGUUAUCCAAACGUACUAGCUAAGUUCUGGGGGAUGCUGGAAAAAAAUAAUUUUAAAAACGUGAAAGAUUUUUUCGUCCAUUUAGGUCAAGUCAGGAAGGACAUGAAGAAAAUCAAAAGGGAGAUUGUCGCUUUAAAAACUGAGGAAGAAUCACUGAGUCGUUUUAUACAGCAUGCCGAAGAGGGGAAGGCCUGUCUGCUGUGCAAAGGACCCAUUACAGAUGUUGCUCUGGAUAGGUUCACCUUGCCAGAUGUGCAUAAAGAGAAGGAAGGCAUAACCCUGGAGAUAGAAGACAAGGAAAAAACGCUCACAAAUUUAAGAGACCAAAAGAAAGAAUUGAUGAUUCUGUUAGAGCAUUACUAUAAGGAGGUUGAUCCCCUACACAGGGAAAGCGCCUCCCUGAGUGAAAUUAUUGACUCACUUAAAAACGAACUGUUGGAUCUGCAAAAUGGGGUAGAUAGCUGUUCCCAGAUGAUACAUAAAAUGAAUGGGAAGUGCCAAUUGAUGAAGCUUUUGCAGGAGAGAUGCGCCCAUCUGAUGGAGAUCGAAAUGGAUAUUUUUUGCGAGAGAGACGAGCUGGACGCGCAACGGUCCGAAGUGAGAGCUGCUCUGAGUGGGCUAAGAGAGAUGCUUAGCGAGGGGAAGCACCAUAUACAAGCCCUACAUUCAAUGCUAGAGUUGCUCGAAGGGGAAUCCGAAGAGGGAUCCUCACAGAAGAAUUUGUGUCAGCUUCUUCGUGAGUUUAUCCCUAACAUUACUCUCCUGUGUGAGUGUCAAGAUGUCCACCUCAUGGUGCAGGAAGUCAGUGCAAACAUGGAAGACAGCGGCAUCCUAUUUGGCCCGGAAGACAUGUUCUUCCAUCUCGGGGAGACAUUGCCAAAUAGGGUGGAGAGUAAGAUGCACCAUGUUGUGGUGGGAGAAAUAAGCCAAGACGAAGUGGGGAAAAAGUACACGGAGGACACCAAGUCGGGGGAGGGGCCAAGGAAUGAACCACACAAGAUAGCUAACCACUGCACUGAAUAUGUGGAAGCCCAUUCGAAGAGUUUUUACCCACAAAAAGGAGACUGCUAUGUUAAUUACGUAGAGCAUAAUGAAGAGGGAACGCCCCUCCUAAGUAACACCCCCGUGUAUGAAUCUUCCAAAUGCAAAGUGAACGAACCGAAAGAGAUAGGCAACCUCGAGUCAAUAGCCAUGAAUAAUCGCAAGUUCAUAGAGGCAUACGACAAACUUCAGAUGUACAUAACUUUGGAGGCACUGAAAAAGGAGCAGGAAAUUGACUUUUCAGUUCGAAUAAAAUCAGUCAUUCGGGAGAGGAAGGAAAUCAUUAGGACGAAGACAGAUGAAGCACAGCGCAGCGUAGAAAGGGAAAAACAAAUUAGGGAAACCAUCCAAAAAUCUCAAGAGUACAUCGAGAACCAUAGAUGUAGGAAGAAUCGUUUGUACAGAAGGCAAGAGGCAAUGGCGGCAAGAAUAAAAAAACUGCACCUGCGAGAUAAGCAGAUGAAGAGGAACAUUCGAGGGUGCAGGAAAGACAUGUUACUCCAAAAUAAAUUGUUUUACGUCAAAGUGGAGAUAGUGAAGCUGCUGCAGAGACUCAUAGCCGAUAUUGAACUUGACAUGGAAAAAAAGAAAGAGGAACUGAAGCAAGUGAAGGAGAAGAUACACAGUAACGAAAUUAUACAAAAUGAGUCAAACGAACUUGCAAAAAAAGUGAGCCAAAAGAAGGAGCAAAUUUUAUCUUUACAGGAAGAAAAAAUCAACAUCGAGAAAAUGCACCACAAUGUGGUUAUCAAUAUGAACUUAAAGAGAAUGCAGGAAAAGUUUUUACUCCACCAGAGGAAUUUUAUUUCCUCACUGAAGGAAUUUAGAAGCGCGUUCUUCUCGGCUGAACAGAAGGAGGAACAGUUCGAUAAAGUGAACACCAUUAUUGCUUUGCUGGAAGAAGUGUACCAAACCGAUUGCGAUAUUUACAAGUUUGUAGAGGAGAGCUUUUCCUUUUUGGACCACGAAAAGGAGUUACUCGAAUUAGUCUACGUGGAGGAAGAUAAAUUGAAGGAACAAAUGGAACUUCACUCGGAAGCCACGACCAGUCUGAAAAUGAAGGAAGCAGAAAUGAAGGGGAAAAUCGAGUUAAGGAGAGAAUACAUAGAUAAACUAACAUCCGAAAUGAAUUCCGACACCUAUGAUGAAAUAGAAAAGAAAUAUAAGGAAAAAAUGAUCGAAAUUUUUGUAUACAAAAAUAUCAUCAAAGAUAUCUGCAAUUUUUACAACUCCUUCGAUCAAGCAAUUAUUAAAUUCCAUUCUCUGAAGAUGCAAGAAAUUAAUUUGUCCAUUAAGAACUUAUGGAGGAGGGUUUACAACAGUGCCGACAUAGACUAUAUAUACAUAAAGUCAGAGGUGCAAACGGAAAAUAAUGGGAAAGUUCAUCAGAGGAGGUCAUAUAAUUAUCGCGUCGUCAUGGUCAAAGAUAACUGCGAACUGGACAUGAGAGGAAGGUGCUCCUCUGGACAAAAGGUCCUAUCCUCCAUCAUCAUUCGACUCGCUCUAGCGGAAUCCUUUUCCAUCAAAUGUGGAAUUCUAGCUCUAGACGAACCAACGACGAAUUUGGAUAAAUCGAACUCUAAAAAUCUGGCUAGUCUCAUUGCGAAUAUUGUAGACCUCAGAAAGGAUAGCUCCGCUUUCCAGCUUAUUCUCAUCACGCACGACACACACUUUGUCGAUGUGCUUUCGCAGUACGGGUUGACAAACUGCUUCUACAGGGUUAGAAAGGACCGCCACGGAUACUCGACCAUAGUCAGGGGAGAGCAUGAGUAUUAUAAAAGUGUGUGA